AAAUGUGUAACGGAGGACUCACCUGCUCCGUCUUGGCCGGUGCCGGACCCCGGGUGGAGCUUGUGCUGGACCUGUGCUCCUCUCGGCGGCUGUCUGGAGCCUGGCUGGCCGGGUGAAUCUCCACGACUCUCCGGGGAGCCGCAUGUCCUCGCUGAGUAGAAUCUCCGGCAUGAAAUCAUUCUGUUGGAAGUUGAUCCAAAAUGACGACAACAAGGCCACCACCUGAGCCUCUUCAAAAGUGGACAGAGGAAGACGUCCACCACUGGCUGAGGACAGAGGUCAAAGUUCAUGAGACUUGCGCAGACAGAUUCUAUGAAGAGGAAGUGUCUGGAGAUAUUUUAGUUGUCUUUAAAAAGGCAGACGUAUUGGACUUGGGAAUAAAACACGGUCCUGCUGUUAAAAUCACAUCUCAUCUCCAAAGUCUGAGAGAAGGAUCAGAAUAUGAAUCACAGUUCCCUUCAUAUGUGGAAAACUGGACAAAGGAGCAAGUGAAGCAGUGGUUACUGCAACAUGUGAAGGUAAACAGCAAAUAUGCAGAACGGCUCCAUGAGGAAGACGUAUCUGGAGAUUGUCUUGCUUGCUUCAAGAAGGAGGACUUUCUGGACCUGGAAGUCAAACGCGGUCCAGCUGUAAAGAUUCUUGCAGAGCUCUGUGAGCUGAAAAACCAGCCAGAACCGACUCUGCACCCUAUGCCUGACACCAGCACUGACCAAAAGGAAGCUCCAAACCCCACUCAGCAUGAACAGAGCCUGGCUCAGGCCACAGCAACCAAACAACCAGAAACACAAAGCAAAAUUGAAUCAAAAACCGAUGAAAUUGUGGAAAAAGAGUAUGAAAAGUCUCAGCUGCCAUUCAAGAAAGUUUCAGAGGAGAAAAUACAGCAGCCACAGCCAAAAGACUUGGGGGCCAGGAGGAAAGAAACUGUUGGGGCCACAGUCCUAUCAGACUUCACCAAGAUCACUGUGGAGAUCCAGAAAAUUCUAGACAACCUUUCAAAAAAUGACCUAAAACAAUUUCAUUUCUAUGAAUACAAUAAAUCCACGGACAAAUCGAUUCCUAAAGGUAAACUGGAUGGCAAGGACACAAUGGACACCGCUCAAUUAAUGAGUGGCCACUAUGGAAGCAAGGCUUUACAAGUCACACAAGACAAUCUAAAGGAAAUCAAUCAGCGUCAACUUGCUUAUGAGCUGGAAAACAAGAUGGGUAUACGGAAGAAGCAGAGUCUAUCAAAAUUCAUACUGAAGAAAGAAGCUAACCAUGGUGACAAACUUAAGAAUUUGUUAACGUGUGGUGGGAACUCACUGGACAACUAUGACAGAUUUGUUGUUGUUGUGAACAAGAGCAGUCCAGAACAAGUGCAGAAUCUACAGUUCUUAAAAAAGAUGAAACUGUUCUGUGUGUUAGACUUUGACCCCAGCUCUGUUGCUCCUGGUGGACUGUGUCAUUCCUACAGAGAGUCAAGAGUGGCCAAUCUGCAUAAUCCAUCACAGUAUCAAGGACAGAGUGACUCCAUUAUAAAGAACCUUAACCUCUACCAGCAGACGAGCUGGGUCUUCUGCAACGGCAGACAUGACCUUGACAACGACUCCAACAAGGAGUUGGACUAUAAGAACUGGCUGAGAAAAUCCUGUAGAGAUGUAGAGCAGUUGGUUUCAUUCAUUUGCAACCCUGACGUUCUCCUUCGUGGAAGAACUCUCAUAAUAUUCCUCCUACUUUCACCUGUAGACAGUGAGAAAGACCCAGUCUUUGAUGUUUACAAGUCCUUCAUAAAACACACUGAAGAGGAACGUAUCAUCUCUGUUUGUGCAUCUCAGAGUACAUAUGAGAAAUGGAGGGAGUUGAUACAAGAGAAGUGUGAGUCUAACAUUGACCAACGAUCUAUAUCUGAACUGACCCUCAGCGAGGUCAACGGCACCGUAGCAUCACUGGGACCAUAUAGUCCCUCAUUUGGAUGGCUACUACCCUCUUCUGGUUCCAGUGCCAUAGUCCUGAAACAGAAGGAAGAUGAUUUAAUGCCUGCUCUGGAUAUUUUAUGUCUGAAUCAGUGUGAAAACACCAUUGAUGAAAACAGUCCAGAGUUUCAUGACUUCAGGAUCAAAGCUGAGGAGGAAUUCUACAGAGGAGGCAAAGUCAAAUGGUGGAACUUCUACUUCUGUGACAAAGAGAAACCAUUUGUCAAACGGAACAAGUAUGACAAUGUGAAGAAGAUGAUCCGAUCUCAGUUGAAAGAUUCAAAAGACGUGUGUCCUCUGCUCAAUCUGUUUCACCAACCAGGCUGUGGAGGCACCACCUUAGCAAUGCAUGUGAUGUGGGAUCUCCGUCGAGAGUUCAGAUGUGCUGUGUUGAAAGACAAUACACUGCCAAAACCAGAAGUUGCCAUUCAAAUUCAAAGGCUCAUGAAACUUGACAGUGACAAACCAUCUCCAGUUUUGCUCUUAAUUGAUGAUUCAAAAGAAAGUGAAAAUCCACGCAAUCUUGUGAACUGCAUUCAUAAAGUUGCCGUGGAGGAUAGCUUAAACAUAAAUGUGGAUGACGCACCAAACUGCAAAGUCAUCAUCCUGAACUGUGUUCGUUCUCAUAGCCCCAGGGAGCAAUACAGACAGCACAAUCCAACGCAAAGUCAAUACAUCACUUCUGCAUUGACACAAGAAGAACAAAAGGAGUUUAAAAAGAAACUCAAAGAGCUCAAAGAAGCUCAUGAAAAACCUGAAAACUUUUACAGCUUCAUGAUCAUGAAGAGCAAUUUUGAUGAAAAAUACGUCAAUGAUCUUGCUCACAACACACUGGUGAACUUUGAUUUCAGCAAAAAGGAGGCCCAGCUGUUUGCCUUCCUGGCAUUACUGAACACCUACGUGGCAGAAUCUGAAAUCUCUCUCUCACUCUCUGAAGAUUUCUUGGAGAUGAAAAUGAUACAUUGGAGAGAGGACAGUGUACUGGACAGAAUGAAGCCAUAUUCAAACUUUCUCAUCAUAGACACAGUUGAAGAAUGGGGAGGAUACAAAGCAAUCAGAAUCAUUCAUCACUCCAUAGCAUCUGCAUGUCUGAAAGAGUUGGAGAGAAGCUUCCAUUUGAAAUUAAGUGAUAUCACUGUGGCGAUUCUUCACUGUGAUCUGUUCUUCAGUGUUGCAGUUGCCAAAGACAGUUUCAUGCUCUCAUUUAAAAAAAAUGUUGACUGAAAGGCAGCACAGGAAAGACGGAGAUAAGAGAGAACAAUUUUCUCCUCUCAUUGACGAAAUCUACAGCCAGCAAGGAAGAAAAACUGUCCAAGAAAUCUUUGUGAAAGCAUCAUCCAGGUUUGACGAAAGUUUUUCUAUUCCUCAGGCACUGGAGAGUUGUUUGUAUAUCAAUGAGUGCGACUUCCCAGAAGCUUUUUAAUGGGUUGAAAAGGCCAAGAACAUUCAAGAAAAACCAUACACGUAAUGUAAUUUGGCAGAUACAUAAAAGCAAUUUAAAAUCCAACAUUAACAGAGAAAAGCAGGACACAUCAUGCAAUCCAGAAGACUUUUUUCCUGCUCUUUGAAGUACUGAGGAUGGACAUUCCUCUUUUUCACCAGUACUUGCGGAGUUUCUCACUAAAAAAAUCCCAAUCACCAGCGUGUAUAGGGAGGACAAUGAGAUUGAUUACAGAUACAUGGAGGUCAUCAAAGAACAUGCAGUUUGUCCUCGAUUUGAAAACUGAAGUAGAGUAAAUAUUUGAACUUCUUGAUUGUUACACAUUCAUAAGAAGAAUUCAGAAUUUGAUUCAAACAAUUGUUGGACUGUCUUGUAAAAUAUAUGUAGGUUUUUUUCCGUACUGCACCAGAGUUUAAUAUUAAA